AUGCUAUAUUACAGCUACUUCUUCCUGUUGGGGCAGCCCAGAGAGGAGGAUACCCUCCAAGCAGUUCUCAAUGAGUCCCGUGCGCAUCAAGACAUCGUGGUGGCCGAGUUCCAGGACAGCUAUCGAAAUCUGACAUUGAAAACUGUGACCUGCAUGAGGUGGCUUGCUACUCGAUGUCCAGACGCCAAGUACUUCCUGAAGACAGAUGACGAUGUCUGGGUGGAUGUAGAUAAUCUCCUGGCAACUCUGAAACAGUUCAGCAACCAGCUACGAACAUCUCUUGGCGGUGUGUGCAGGUCUGUGGUAGUUAUCAGAGACACACUAUCGAAGUGGUAUGCCUCCAAAGACGAGUUCCCUGCCGACAGUUACGAACCCUACUGUUCGGGGACAGGCUACGUUGGCAGCUUGCACCUGGCCAAACGAGUAGCAGAGAUCUACGUUAAAGUGCCAUACUUUCACCUAGAAGACGUCUACAUGGGAAUGUGUCUGAAAGCUCUUGGGUACAACACCAUCUUGUUGCCUCGCUUCGACAACACAGCGGCUCCUAACGAGGACAACUGCAAGAUCAAAACCGGCGGCUUUGUCACCAUUCACAAGGUACCCACAGAGAGAAUGGAACAGAUACACAACUCCACUUGUAUAAAAAAGAAACUCACGAGGCAGUGA